GUAUGAGAUGAAACCAGUGUAACCGAAGCAUAACAAAUUCUGCUGCACUUUGUUCGCACAGUGCGGCCAGAAAUAUAUCAAUACGAGACUGUUUGUUGGUAAAGUUAUUUCUGCUGUGUUGAAGCGGUGUUUUUGGAGAGUUUCAACAUGGAUUUGCUGUAUGGUCCCUUGGGCUUGGGUGUAGUAGCAGGAGUGGGCUGUGGGCUUCUCCUCGGUUGGCAUCUUCGGGGACGCUUUGGCUCAGCGUCCAGAAGCGUGAUGGCAACGAUGGGGAACGGCACCGGUGAAGCAAGUGUAUUGGGAGAAGGAGGCGAGUUCAAGAUGGUUCUGGUGGUCCGAAAUGACCUGAAGAUGGGCAAAGGAAAGGUCGCUGCCCAGUGCUCCCAUGCUGCUGUAUCAGCCUACAAACAGGUCCAGCGCAGGAACCCUGAGCUCCUCAAACAGUGGGAGUACUGCGGCCAGCCCAAGGUGGUGGUGAAGGCCCCCGAUGAGGACACCCUGAUUGAUCUGCUCAGUCAUGCCAAAGAAGUAGGGCUUCCCGUCAGCCUGAUCCAGGAUGCAGGAAGGACUCAGAUUGCACCUGGGUCCCGCACUGUGCUGGGUAUCGGUCCAGGUCCUGCUGAUCUGAUUGAUAGUGUCACUGGAGACUUGAAGCUCUAUUAGAGUUGCAUCUGUAGGACUUAAAUACAAUUUAUUGUUAAAACUAUCUGCAAUAUAAACUAAGUUGAGCUACCAUGAGUUUAUAUUUUUUAUAUAAGAACAACUGACUAGUUACAUGUCAACUACUUGAAUUAUUGUGCAGUGAUGUGUGCUCUUAAUGCCUCUCAAUGUCAUAUUACAAAUCAGUUGCCUCUUGGAUAGCAGUAAUAUCAGCUUAAUGUGUAUUUCUUCACUGAUAGUUCUGACAGUGGCAUAAACACUGUAAACUUUCCAUGCUACAGUCCUCCACACUAACCACUUUGCUAAGACAAUAUUAUUGUUGUUGGUCUCAGAAUCACAGCACAGCAAAACGAUCCCCAGUUUAUGCUCUCUUAAUGAUAAAAACCAUAAUCUACAAAAUAAACGCUGAAAUUAGGUAAGGCUUUGUUUAUAUUGUGAAAUAUUUAAUACUUGAGAGUACAGUGGAGGUCACCACAAUGAACAGUUUGAUGUAACAUGACUUUGCAUUUCAGCAGUCGAGCUGCUUUAAUGUAAUGAAUGUAAUAUCAAUAUUGUGACGUGACUGGAUGUCAUUUGGAUUUUGUUAUAAAACAGUGAAGUAUCUUAAA